GUUGGGCCAUUUGCCGUCACGUUCUUAUGCAUCCAGUUCAGCUGAACCCCGCCCCUGGGCGGCGCAUCCAUCUCGUCUAUCCCUCUGGCUCACCAUUCGCCCACUUCAACAACUUAUCCGCCCAAACAGCACCCUACAUACCUUGCCGCAAGCUGCCAUGAGGAAGCUCAGACAGGCCCUUGGGGGAGGACGGAGAAAAGAUCAAGCCUGUCCCAGUAAUGGAGUCAGUCCGCUGAAAUCACCCCAACCGUCCACUGAAGACUCUUUGCCACCUACAUUUCCUGACGGCGUCAAAGUUCUCCAUAACUGUCCCAACGCUACGGUCGAUAUCUGUUUUGUCCACGGCUUGACAGGUGACCGAACCACCACUUGGACUGCUCAGGGCCAGGCCGAUCCGUGGCCUAAAACGCUUCUUCCGCCUAAGCUUCCCACCGCUCGCAUACUCACUUAUGGUCAUGAUGCGUAUGUGGUGCGAGGGUCGGUUGCUGGGUCGAAUCGUUUAAUCGACCAUGCUACAAACCUCUUGAACGACUUGGCAGACGACAGAGAUGCUAUCAACGCAUCAUCCCGCCCCACAAUUUUCGUGGCGCAUAGCUUGGGCGGCCUAGUCUGCAAGAAAGCCAUCCUGAGCUCACGAAAUAACCCCGACUCACACCUUCGGAGCAUAUUUAAUUGUACCAAAGGCGUCGUUUUCAUGGGCACGCCACAUAAAGGUUCAUGGAUGGCGGACUGGGCAAAGAUCUCGGCCGAUGCUCUUGGACUGGUGAAGUCGACCAAUAAGUCGUUGAUCGAUAUCUUGCGGGCGGAGAAUCAGCUGCUCGAGGCUAUUCAAAACGACUUCUUGUCUAUGGUCCGAGAACUACGAGAGAACCACCGAAGUCUGGAAGUCAUGUGCUUCUUUGAGGAGUUGCCUCUGCCUGUGGUCGGCAAGGUUGUCUCUAAAGAAUCGGCAACUUUUGAGGGCUAUAAUCUGGUCAGCAUCCAUGCCAACCAUAGUGAGAUGGUCCGGUUUCAUUCCGCAGAUGACAACGGGUUUAAACGGCUGGUAGCAGCGUUGGUUCGGUGGGAGUCACAUUCGAGGUAUCCAGCCACGGCCACCAUAUUAUGUAGUGAGCCUCACUAAAUUUACAAGCACUUCACAUGAUCUAGAUGAUAAAGACAUCCGGUGUCUCAAGAGCCUAUGGCCUACCAACCCUGAAAAUGAGAAGAUACGGAUCUAGCAGACUAAAGGAGGUC